UUGCGCGCGCGCUCCAGCAACUAGACAACGAUGUCGUUGUGAGAUCGCUCAAUCCGGCGGCCAUGGCGCUCUAGAGCUGGAUUUCUUGCGGGAAAACCAGGAAGGAGCAAGAAAGCGCACAAUGCAGGUCCAAUCUUUCGUCGCCGCGGCCGCUCUCGCCAUAAUCUUGCUCCUCGUCCCCGCCGGCGGGCAACAAGAUCCCCGGAUUCAUCCGCGCGCCGCCGCCGCCUUGACGAGCAUCCUCUCCAAGAACAGCAGCAGCGGCGCCGGCAUCGCGCAUCAAGAAUCUCCUUCUUCUCCCUCUCCCUCCCUGCUUCUUCCCUUGCAUGAGCACCCCGCGCACAGGAGCUUCUUCAAGGCGCCGGAUUCCGCCGUCCGGCUGCUCAAUUCCUGGGCGCGGCGGCGCGGCGGGAGGAUCAGGCACGGCAGGGGCGUGUGGAACCAGCAGAUGCACAAGAAUCGCAAGGCUCGGAAUCCUUUCAAGCAGAUGGCCAUCUCCAAGUACCUCAUCGUGGAUCAAUACGGCCAUGGGAAUUUCAAGACGAUUCAAGCCGCCGUGGAUUCCAUCCCUCUCGACAACAAGCAGUGGGUCUACGUCCAGAUCAAUGCCGGCCUCUACAGGGAGAAGGUGAUCAUCCCCUACAACAAGCCCUUCAUAAUCUUCCAGGGAGCGGGGAGGGACAAGACGACGAUCGAAUGGAACGAUGCCGCUAGCCGGUCGGGCACGGCCGACAGUGCUACAUUCACGGCUUGGGCCCCGAGUUUCAUCGCCAAAGGAAUCAGCUUUAAGAACGGAUCACCAGCACCACCUCCAGGAGCAGAGAACAGGCAAGCGGUGGCCGCGCUGGCAGCAGCAGACAUGCAAGCGUUUUACUCCUGCGGCUUCUACGGCGCUCAAGACACCCUCUUCGACUAUCAAGGCAGGCAUUACUUCCGCGAUUGCUACAUUGAGGGAUCCAUUGACGUGAUCUUCGGCCAUGCCCAAUCCAUCUUUCGGGAGUGUGAGCUCCAUAGCAUUGCGGAGUCGUAUGGCUCGCUGGCUGCUCACAACCGCUGGAAUCCCAGCGACAGCUCCGGUUUCGUCUUUGUGGAUUGUACCAUCACCGGAUCCAAAGGGCAGGUGUUUCUGGGGCGUGCCUGGGGAGCCUACUCCCGCAUCGUCUACAUCAACACGCGCAUGGACAAUGUGAUCAUCCCCGAAGGCUGGUACGAUUGGGGGGAACCGCAGCGACAAAGGACGGUCUUCUUCGGCCAGUACAAAUGCAGUGGACCGGGUGCCGGCGAAUCGGGCCGUGUCAGUUGGUCUCACGAGCUCAACGAUUACGAGGCCAGGCCGUUCAUGCAGAUCAACUUCAUCAAUGGCCACGAGUGGCUCUCGGAGGUGUGAACAACAACAACACCAACAACACCAGUUACACCACCAUCGCUCGCAAGGAGAAAACACGGACAUGGUGGUGGUGGAAGUCGUGGCUGAGUAAAUUCUUUCUUUCCUCCUCCCCUUUCUUUGCUCGAUCUCUCCCUCUCUCACUCGUUUUUUUUUUGGUCUGAGGCUGUGCGAGGCAAGAACGAGUAACUUUACAUAUAGAGUUUGGAAGCGCUGGCUGCUUAAUUGCUCGCUCCCGGUUCUUGCAUUCCACUUCUCUCUCUCUCUCUCUCUCUCUCUCUCUCUCUCUACUCUUCUCUUGAUUUUGAGAUCUUAAGUGAUACAUAAGCGCGUAUCAAGAGCCGCGAUCAGUCAAACGUAAGGUCGAAAAAGGCAAAUAAGUCAGAAGAAAAAAGGAAGAGAAAAAUAGAAGCAUGUAAAAGGUAGCUCUCGAAUCGAACGAAACAAACAAUGGUUUUAUUUCUACGAGAAAGAGAGAGCGUGGAAAGGCUGUGCCGCCAUAGCCAGAGACCUUUGCAAGCUCGGGGAAUGAUUCGCGCUUCGAGUGGCCUGUCACCCGCGCUAGUGAAAUUCUUUUUGCUUUCGGUUAUGUCUUUAUGGCCCAUGGUGGCCCCGGGAAGUGAGGGAGGUAUAUUCCGUAACAGAUCCCGUGAAACCUCCCAGCAAGCAACAGUGCGUGUUUUGUGUC